AUGGCUGACGAAAAAACGCCGCUUUUAUCCAGUUCGGGUAGUAAUAAACCAGUGGAAAUUGGCUUUGAACCGAAGGGGAGUUCUUCUGGCUCAAGGUAAGUGUAGUGACUGUAGACAGUCAUUAAAUACUAAACAGUUCAAGUAGAGCUCAAGGCACAUCAUAACUGAUGAACACAAAACUAUAAGAAUGGUUAUAAUUUUAAAUAAACUGAACUGUAAGCCGUUACUAUUAUAGUUAUCUCUAUAGUUUGAGAUUCAACCGACUGUACUCGCUAUAUAAAGCUUGUUUGGAUAGGCGUAUGUUAUAACUAUGACAUAUAAAUUUUUAUGACUUAAUAUCCUGUGAGGAAUUGUAUCGAAUAUUGUUUGUAUGACUAGUAUGCUCUGCCAGUGGCAACGAACUAGUUUUUUUUUCAAGUCGUUGGACCCUUCACGGCCUAGUUCAAAGUUCAAGAUGUGUAUGAAUUGUGUAAAUUCCUUAGUAGCAGCCUUUGUAUGAACUGACAUGAAGGCUCGCAUAUGUCAAGUUUCCAGUUUGCACGCAAGUCACGUGGAAAUUAGUGAGUUUACAAGACGGCGACGUCAGGACGCCCGCCAUCAACACAAUGACAUUUUAAUAAAAUCCUAUAGCACAAAAGAAAUGAAUAAUUAAACGUCUAUAACAGGGGUUUUAGGCAUCGUCCAAGCGCUGUUGACGACGGCAAAAUGCAUAUUUUCACAGCUCGUAUAGUAGGCUAUAGCAUUUCAAGUCGUGACAGGUAGUUUUCUUGCACAGAGAUGAUCAAAAUUGCUCUGAAGGUUAAAGCUCUGUUUGACUCUUCCGAAACGGUAUAAAAUUUAUACGAAAGUAAACACAAGACAAGAUUUUCAUACAAUCAUUAUUUCAAACAGUUUGUGGAGCCGUCGUCCUUACAUGCGUACACUCAAGUAAUAGUGAGUGGCUCUUCUGCUCACCACAAAAAUUUUCUGGGCUCACCAAUCCCCAGUGGUUCCAUGGUCCGCUAUAUUUUCCAGUCUUGGGUCCCGUGCGAGGAAACCGACCGUAUGGACACUAAACAUCUGAACGGCCUUAAUAAUGACAUGACACGUUUUUCUUGAUAACACACCCUUUCGAUAAUUACGUCACUUGGCCUAGGAGCCUCGCUCUCAUGAAACGUGAGCCAAUCACCUUGCGUAAUUUACUGAUGAGAGCGAGGCUCCAAGACCAAAAACGUAUGUGUGACGUAAUUAUAGAAAGGGUGUAUUGAUGGUGCGAGCUUAGACAGGGGUGUCCGCAGCAAACGAUGCAAUAGAAUCUCUGUAAUGGUUGAGAUGUGUUUUGCAUACAGCACACAAAAGACAAGAUAGAUGUGUCGGUGACCACGAUUUGGCCAUGACAGGCGUGGAUAAAUGGAAACCAGAGUUUAUUAACAUCUUCCACAAAACCCAGACUGCAAAGAAAAUCCUAAAAUGAAAUGUGUUUCUGUAUUUCUAGUGGGAGGAAAGAUGCACCACAAGUUCCUUUUGGGUCUUUGGUAUGUUACAUUAGUUAAAUCUAUAUAUAUAGCCGAUCUCAUGAUUCAGAUGGAGGAGAGCUGUUCCUGUUCUUGUCUUGAGGCACAAUUUGAGUUUGGCUGCGAAGAGCCCGAGAGUUAGAUAAUUAAGAAUAAACAUGCACCUGUAUUGUACACCCACACGAAUUAGGAACCGGAGUAUCUAACCGCCCCCCCCCCCCCCCAUAACCUUUCUAAUGGUCCGGCCCCUUAGUUUAGUUUACGUUAACGCAGAAUCGAUAACUGCUAUCCUAAAAUUCAUCUCUUUCUCCUAUUUUAGUUCAGAUUCGUAGACAGUACGGACAAAGCGUUGCUGGUCUUAGCAGUGAUGGGCAGUUGCCUUUAUGGAGUAGUUUCACCAGCUCAAUUUAUCGUAUUCGGCUCUCUAACAGACGACUUUGUCGAACACACAUUAUGGAUAUUAAAUAUAACCAAUAGUACGGAGCCCGACUUAGAAGACUCUACGACAACAAUAGCAUAUUGGUAUAUUGGAAUAGCUAUAGCGAAUUUUGGUUUUGCCUGGAUGGGGCUGG